AUGAUUGGUGCUGGUGAACCCAGUUGUGCAGGCAAGCAGUGCCUCAGCAUCAACCUGAUCCUAAACAUGAAUAUCUCCUACUGCCCACUGAUCGAUAAGAUGAGGAACCACAGCAUGAACAGCACCAAGGUCAACUGGGUGGUGGUUUUUGUCCACGGUGUCGUCUCCUGCCUGGGGAUUCUGGAAAAUGCCCUGAUCAUUUGGGUGCUGGGUUUUCGCAUCAGGCAGCGCACAGUGGUCUGCAUUUGGGUGCUCAACCUGUCCCUGUCUGACUUCCUGGCCUGCCUGACACUCCCUCUCUUCACAGCCUACCUGUCUUACUCCCAGAGCUGGACACUUGGAAACGCCCUGUGCGUAGCACAGUCAUCCAUCUUUUACCUGAACAUGUUUGCGUCGGCCUUCAUGCUGACAGUCAUUUCACUGGACCGCUUGCUGCUGGUGGUCAAGCCAGUGUGGAGCAAGACUCAUCGCUCCUUGGCUGGAGCGUGGAAGGUGUGCGCCAUAGGGUGGUUGUGGGCGAUGAUAAAUACUGUCCCAUACGCUGUGUUUCGCUCCGUGAUCGAUAAGAAUGAUGGGAAGUCUUUGUGCUAUCAUAACUUUGCUUUGUAUUUGCCCACUAGUGCGUCACUGGAGAGAAACUGUGAAAUGAGACAGGCAGCCACUGCCAUCUCCAAGAUACUGUUUGCAUUCUUGAUUCCUUUGGUGAUUAUAACUGCAAGCUACAUCAAAAUUGGGCUCAAGCUUAAGGAUCUGGAUAGGAAGAGAAGGGCAAGUAACAGCUGGCUGAAAAAUAUACUAAUGAGAAAUGAAAACUCAGUAGAAACAAAUACUUCUGUAAAAAGCCAAACUUCCGAUUCAUUAUCCAAAGCCAAAUCAAACAAAAGGUCCUCCAACACUCCUGCUCCGUCACUGCUUUCCAAGAGUUUCACUAAAAUGAUAGCACUAGUGAUCAUUUCCUUUACCGUCAUAUGGGCUCCGUACCACAUCCUGUGCAUGAUGGAAGUGACGGCCCUGAAGGAGAAAGAGAUUUACUCCAUCGUGGAGACGUGGCUCCCGCUGGCUGCAACUUUCUCGUUCCUGAAUCCAGUUUUGAACCCCGUCUUGUACGCCUUCAGCUGCCCACAGUUCUGCAUGAACAUCCGCCAAAACCUGGCAGCGGUGUUCGAAAGCCUCUUGGAGGAAGGAGGGGAGUUGGUGGCGCAGGGGAGGAGCAGUAGAGCCAGGAGUCGGAAUGUGAGCCUUGUAGCUUGA